AUGCCUAUUCACCACGGUUCAAGGCGUCCAGAUUUCGAAACAACACCCUUCCACACUCUUCACAUGCCUUCACCCCCAUCUUACACCUCAAGUAUGCAUACAAUUAACAUCCCCACAGAUCACAUCACCAUGCCCCCACCCAGCACCGUAGGCAAAGGCGGCAAAGCCUGGAUCCGAGAAGAGGAGUUCCUCUUCUGGAAGAAACUCGUCCCGUUCACCAAGAAGCGCUGUGGUGAUGAUAUCGAGAAUAACGAGGAGCAUGGGUGGAAUUGGGUUGCAUCCGAGAUGAGGAAGAGGAUGAGGGAGAAGUACCUGAAGGAAGGGGAGCCUGACCGUAGGAAUUACACAGGACUCGCAAUGUCUAACUCCGUCCUAGAAGCCAACGAAGAGCAAGUCCGGGAGCGCGACGAACGCCUCGUCGCCAUCCGCAAGAAGCGCCGUGAUGCCCGCAAGGCAGCGCGCAAGGCAGCCCGUGAAGCUCGUGAAGCCCGCGAGGCUGAAGAAGCCGCCGACGGCAGUCCCAUCAGGGAGAGCAUCGAGUCGGACAACAAGGACGCUGACAUGAGCGAUGACACAGAUGAAACCUCCGACAAUGACGAGGAAGAAACCCCCGAGUUUGACGAAGCAGAAGCCAUCCGUAAGAUGGAGGAGUCCACCAAGAUCAAGCAAGAGGGCGGCCCCGAGUACGAGUCUGACGAGGAGGACACCGAGUCUGAGCCCGACGCCAAACCCCGUCGUCGCAAGGGGGGCAAGAACAACAGGCGCGCUAGUAUCAAGGAGAACCGGCGUUCAGGGUCGCCGGAGAUGACGCCUUUUGCAAAUAAUGGGACUAUGGCUGCUAAGAGGAGGGAGAGGUUGCGUGCUGGGGAGGAGAUGAGGAGGAGGAAUAGGGAGAUGUAUGCGAUGUUGGGGAGGGGGGAGGGGAAUGGGGGGUGUUAUGGGGGACAGGGGCAGGGGCAAGGGCAGAUGAGAAGUUGA